AUGGAACUCGAGAAAUUGGACUUAGUGAACGCGCAUGUAUUUCAUGAAAAUGAAUUUCCCGCUGCAUUUAACAUUGUGAAUGCAAAGAGAAACAGCUUACUGGAAAAGCUCGCAUUCCUCAAGGAAAGGGCUUCGAAAGGACUCUUCAAUGAUUUGCUCUCCAAACAUGGUGCAGUUUUACUCAGGGGUUUGGAUGUACUGGAUCCUGAUUCUUUGGCAGAAAUUAUCAAGACUAUCGGCUCCAAUAGCCACGCUGUCUUCUUUGAACAAAACGGCUCAACAGCUCAGAGGACGGAAAUUAAUAGUGUUCUCAGCACCGCCAAUGAAGGUCCAGCAACUCGUGUCUUAUAUCAACACAAUGAAUUUUCCAGAUUUGUUUCGUAUCCUAGUAUUCUAUUCUUUGUCUGUACGAAGUUUAAUGCUGAGGGGGGUGAAACACCGCUUGUGCAUGGCGGAGAGUAUUUUGAGAGGCUCUUCAAGGAGUAUCCAGAGGAGAUCAAGAAAUUGGCAAAAAAGGGCCUCUAUUUUGAACAGACUUGGCCAUUGGUGACUGAUAACAAUACAAGUUGGUCAGACAGAUUCUGUUUUGGUAGACACUUAAACAAGGAAUCGGAGGAUAUCGAGGAACAAAAGAAGAAGGCGGAAGUGCUCGUCAAGAGCAAGGUGAGUACCGAAUUUGAAUGGGAUUCCGAGAACAAUCUAGUAGUGCAUCAGAGAACAGAACCUAUACGUCUCUACGAGCCCUCUCUGGGUGACGAGCUGUAUCCUGUUUUCUUCAACAGUAUUGCAACUUACUACGCGGAUAUCAAGUACAAUCUUAGUGGUCACAGAAAAACAAAACCCCUCAAAUACAAUGACGGUGAAAUCAUUCCCGAAGCUUUCCUUGAUGCGGUGUUGGAAGCCUCAGUUGAUCUUUCCUUUAAGCAUGAAUGGAGAGAGGGAGAUGUUGUUAUUAUUGAUAAUUAUCAAGUCAGUCACGGGAGAGAGCCAUGGAGGAGUGGGGAACGAAAGGUUUUGGUGAGUAUGUGGGAUAAGGCUGAAAAAAGUGAGUAUAAAGUAUGGAGUCCUUGA